AUAACCMACACAGAUUGAAAUCCGCGUUGCCUACUCGACAUUUCCGCACAACGAAAUUUGGAAUUCCGCAUUGCUACAAUAAUGAAGUCCUUCUCUACAACCCUUGUUGCACUCAAUGCCCUCCUCUUGGCAUCUUCGACAGUCGAGUCAAGCCGCCUACUUGAAGAUUCUGCAAUCUACCCCGAUGGAACUCCUGUUUCAUUCUUCGAAGACGACAAAUGGUACGACGGUGUCGUAGAAAAAUAUGAAGGCGGAAUCUACACCAUCAAGUGGGACGAAGACGACGAAUUSGAAGAAAUCGAAGUAGGUUCCGAGAUGGACCAGCUGGUUGAUGACGGCAUGGGCGACGACGACGCACCMCCUGCCGGCAUUGUUCUUUCUGACGGAAUCGCCAUCGGGACUCCUGCCUUCAUCUGGGAUGAUAAUCAAUGGUUCGAUGGAGCAAUUACGGAUCACUCGAACGGCGAAUAURCCGUCGUGUGGUCUGAUGGAGAUACUGAUACAUACAAAGACGAAGGAGACGACCUCAAAGAACUCCAGCAAGCUAUCGAAGACGCUAUGGGUGACGACGACGAGAUCACAGACGAUGAAAUUGCUUCACUUGACAACGAAGAAGCUGCCACAACCGACAGCGAUGACGCUGAAGACGUCAUUGAGGCCUCUGAAGAUGUCGUCGAGGCCUCUGAAGAUGUUUCGGAAGUAGUUUCUGAAGAUGACUCAGAAGAUGUCUACGAUGAUGAUGCUCCUUACGACGAUGCUGUUGAAAAUACCGACGAUGCUUCUGAAGAUGUCGCCGAUGACGAUGCUGCCUUCGACGACGAUGCCUCUGAGGACUCUGAAGACUCCGACGCCAUCUCUGUGGGAACAGCUGUUUCAAUCUAUGACAAUGAUACAUGGGUCGAUGGACAAAUCAUUGAUCAUGCCGACGGUGUAUACACUGUUGCUUGGAAUCAAGACACCGACAACGAAUACAUCGAUACAUACGAUGAUGAAGGAGAGGAUUUCGAAGAACUCAAGUUGGCCGUCGACAACUCCUCGGGCGACGACGACGCCGCUCCUACCGAUUACGAAUACGUUCCUCCUGCAUGGGAAAUCGGAACACCCGUCAGCGUCAACGAAGACGAUGCGGAAUGGUACGGUUACAUUGCAGACUACUUCAACGGUGAAUACUCGAUCGCAUGGGAUGAUGGAGAGUCGGAGUGGAUCGAUGACAUCGAAAUCGUCGCCAUGCUGGUAGCGGAUGCCAAAUCUUCUUCGGAGGAUAUGCACAUCUCUGGACAGAUGCUMAUCGGUAUUGGUGUCGGUUCCGUUGUUCUUCUCGCCGCUGUCGCCCUGUACAACCGGCACAAGAAAGGCAGCAGCAAKUCUUCACGACGACGAGCUUUGCCARUACCUUCGGGUUCUGCCUACAAAGACAGACCAGGACGUGGAGAAGCUAGCUACUACAAGAAGCAAGAGCAAAAUCUUCGUAUCGUUUAAAAUUGAUUCUUGGCAAAACAAUUUUGAAUCAAGAAAGUAGGAGCCUUCUUUCAUGGACUUCACAUAGCAUUGCGAAAGUYCUGCCGAUUACAUGUCACAGCGUUAGUAGUAUYUGUAUCGUAACAUAUCAUAACACAAACAUUACCAAGAAUUAAAACGAUCUAGUUUCA